AUGCUCCUUUCUUUUAGUCUUUCUUUUCUGUUUAUACCUUUUUCUUUCUUUCUUUCUUUACAUUCUCCUUUCUUUCUUUAUCCUUCUUUCUUCCUUUUUUUCUAUAUCUUUUUCUUUUUUUUCUUUCAUUAUUACUCUCUCCUUUUUCUUUCUUUCUUUCUUUUUCUUUCUUUCUUUCUUUCUUUCUUUCUUUCUUUCUUUCUUUCUUUCUUGCGCUUUAAUUCACACUUUCUUUCUUUCUCUUUAUUCAUUUUCUUUCUUUCUAUAUCUUUUUCUUUUUAUCCUUCUCACUCUCUAUCUUACUCUUUUCUUUUUUCUUUCUUUCUUUUUUAUUUAUAUCUUUUUCUUUCUCUUUCUUUAUUUCUACUCUCCUUUUUCAUUCUUUCUUUCUUCUUUCUUUCUUCAUGCUUAUAUUGUUUUCUUUCUUUGCCUUUUUCUAUCAUUUUCACUCUUUAUUUCAUACUUUUCUUUCAUUUUGUUUAUAUCUUAUUUUUUUCUUUCUGA